GAACAGUACUAAAAGUACUAAAGUGAGUUUUCGGGAAGGCCGCGAGAGACAAUUCGCGGAAAAUCAACCCCACGCGGAAAGAUAAAAAAAAAGGAAGCGGUGCGGGGAGCCACGGGACACGGGACUGACGAAUCGGAACAACCGAACAAGGAAUGACACGAGCCUGCAGUUCUGCACACUGGGCCGCGGGCCGUGGGCCGUGAGCCGUGGCACCGUCACCUACUUACUCACCUGCCUGACCCCAUCGUCGUCUCGUCUACGAGUCGAACUCACGAUUUCGUAAACUCCUACAUUCUUCGCAGUCAAUCGCCGUGUAUUUCGCGAAUCCUUCCGCCUUCUCCCUCCCAUCGCUUCCUCCCGAAAUUCCACCCUUCUUUUCACUUCCUAAUCCUCGCCAUGGCGUCAAACACCUUGGGCAUAGCCGCCUUGUUCUCCAUGUACAACGAUGACGAGGAAGAGGAGGACGCCGACGAGCCCAGACCCCCUUCCGCGGCGCCACCCGCCGCGGCAACCUCCUCGUCCACGUCACCUCGAACCGGAGGUGAGAGCUCCAACCCUAACCCGAACCCCGACCCUUCGCCGGAGCGUCCGUCCCUUCCCCUCUCCGAGGGGCAGGCCGACCGCAAAACCCUAGCGAGCCCCCAGCUCUUGCCGCGGCUUCCUCCGCUGCCCCCGCGCCGCUCGUCUCCGUCUGUCGCGGUUUCGUCCGCCUCCCCUCCUCGGCCCCCGUUGGCCGCGCCGCCGGCCGAUCUGCCGCGCCCCCCGCGUGGCGGGGCGCUUGCUAUCGUGGAUUACGCGCACGACGAGAUGGCCAUGUCGCCCGACCAGGAGGAUGGGGAGAUCAUGAGUGGUGUAGGUGGUUUUGGCUCGGAUGCUCUGGAGGUUGAGGGGAAUCUUGAAGAAAGACUUCUCUCACGUACUGUUCAUAUUCUGACCCCCAACACCAUAUCAGAAAGAUCUCAGCACUCCGAUGCACCUGAGCAGAACCAAGUAGGGACAGAUGUUGCUAUGGAUGCAACUGGAACAGAAACUGUAGAUGCUAGGGUGGAGGAAGCUUCUGAUAUAUCUACUAAUGUCCAGAAUGAUGAUCCAUUGAGCCGUUUCCUCCCCCCACCCGUGGCUACAAAAUGUUCUGCAUCAUUACAGCAAAAGAUUAACAAGUUCCUUGCAUACAGAAGGGCUGGAAAGAGCUUUAAUGCUGAGGUGCGCAAUAGGAAGGACUACAGGAAUCCUGACUUUUUGCAGCAUGCUGUGCGGUACCAAGAAAUUGAUCAGAUAGGGUCCUGUUUCAGUAAAGAUGUUUUCGAUCCGUACGGAUAUGAUAAAAGUGACUACUAUGAUGAGAUAGAAGCUGAUAUGAAGCGUGAACUUGAGAGGAAGGACCAGGAGAAGAAAAGAAAUCCGAAAGUCGAUUUCAUUUCUUCGGGAGUACAACCUCCAGUUAAUUCAUCGAUAACGAAGAUUGCAGCUGCCAUAUCAGCAGCAGCUGGUGCAUCGGUUCAGGCAUCGGCAGAAAGUGUACAGAAAGAGACUAGGCCAAACAAAAAGUCAAAAUGGGAUAAGGUUGAUGGUGAUAUUAAAAACCCUGCAGCUCCUAGUGGACAUGACAAUAUGUCGGCCUCCGGUGGAUCUGCUGCAGUUUUGCCUUCUGGAAAUGUUGUUGCUGGAUAUGCUGCUUUUGCUCAACAGAAGAGGAGAGAAGCUGAAGAGAGGAGGACAAGUGAUUAUAAAUCAGACAAAUCAGACAGAAGGUCUUAGGGUUAUAUUUUGUUCUCUUGGGAAUGUGCCAUCGAGUGGUUUGACAUAAUUCUGUAAUGUAGAAAACCAGUUUUUGAUCCGAUGAACUUCUGAAAGGCAGAAGUGCUAACACAAAUGCAUUCAUACAAAAAAAAGGGGGGCAACUGUAAUACUCAUAGGGACCAAUGCAGUGGUUCUGUUAACUGUGAUUUUUAAUCUUAGUAUUGGCAUUUCUCAAGCUUGAA